ACAUAUUAAGUUACUUUCACGCGGGCAGUGCACAUUUUGAUCGCAAAAUGUACAGGCUCGUGGUAUUCGCCUUUGUGCUCGCGAUCGCGACGUGCCAGGAACAACAAGGCAGACGUGUCCCCAAAUACGCGGGAGAUCCGAAAACCGCCGCCAUCGUCCAGGAAGCUCGCUACCUCAGCGGCAAUGGAGCAUUCGGAGCCGCAUACCAGCAAGAAGAUGGAAUUGACUUUAAAGAAGAAACAGAUGCUGAUGGCAACAGGAGAGGCAGUUACUCAUACAUCGACCCUAGCGGUCAAAGGAAAACAGUGAACUAUGUCGCCGGGAAAAACGGUUUCCAAGCCACCGGAGACCACAUUCCUACCGCGCCUCAGCCUGUCGCCCCCACGCCAGGUUACCAGCCCGACCCGAGGUACAACUCUCCGGAUUACAAGGCGCCCCAGUACAGUGCUCCUCAACAGUACACAGCUCCCGCUCCUCAGCGCAACUACGGUGGCAAGCCGAAUGAAGACGAUGGACAAUACCACCCGGAGUUAUACGAACAAGAAAAUUACGUAGCACCUCAGCCUCAGUACCAGCCGCAACCGCAGCCCCAAUACCAGGCACAGUACCAGGCUCAGCCUCAGCCUCAGCCGCAGUACCAACCUAACAACAUCUACCCUGGUGUGCAGCAGGCACAGUACAGUGGCCUGAACACGCAGACCUACCAGCCUGCGCAACAGUACCAGCCCCAGCCUCAACGAGCUCCCCAGCAGUACUACGACGAAACGACGCCACAGCCAAGCCGCUUCUUCCCUCCAGGAAAGUUCAGCCUAAACAGAGCGCCUGACGGCUACACGUACUCUUUCCACAAAGUAUAAAUGUAAACUAAAAAAGGCUCAGGCGAUUUGUUAAGGCCGAGACACGUAAAAAGCAUGCAUCAAUUAGCAAAUCGCCGAGUCAUCGAAGGGCCCGCACUCGGCCGCUUUGAAAGCAUUUCUUAAUUGUUGUUUGCUGUGAUAUUGUGUGUUAAUGGACAGGUAUAAAUAUGUUGAUUGUUGUGGUUACUUGUGGAAGAGGGGUUUGAUUGGAAUGAGCGUCGUCAGUACUGGACGUGUAAAUAAACGUAGAUUUUCUUAAGUAAAA